UAGUUGUCAUAAUGAAGAACUAAGGUUGAAUUGCAUCUUGCCUGAGAUCUACUUAAGCCUUGAAUACUUGAAUAGAAGAUCAUGUACUAAAAUUCAUUGAAUUGUCUUCAAAAUUGCUACCAGUAGUUUGACUACAAGGUUUACAUGGACAGACGGACAUUGAUAAAUCGGCUCAGAAAAUGUUCUGAGCCGAUUACUUUAAGUUGGGUCUAGGACCAGUAUUAUAGUGCAUUACAAACACCUUUUUUUAUGAAAAAAUAUGGGCAUCGAACAUCCGAGAUUGCAACUUUACUUGGAUCCAAUGAUGAUCCCUUUGUAAUUAAUCUGUAAGAAGAAGAGAGGAAUAGCGAUAGCAGAAAGAGACAGGGAUUAGGAAGGGGAUAGAAAGUGGGCGGAAAAGAGCCCUAGAAAUAAUGUUAUGCAGACGUAAGAUGAGAAAUCAUACGAUCAGUUAAGUAAGAAAUCGUAGUUCACAGCCAUUUUGACAAUUUCAGGAAUGCAGUGAAUCGUUCUAGUUGGACAUUCGAUAUGAUAGAUCAUUAAAAUAGGUUGACCCUAGGGUUCGUAGGCGGCCGUUUCCAAAGCACACUGACAAGGAAGUCUUAUCCCCAUUUUGUCAACUUCUACAUAUGUCGUUGUACAAUGUAAGCUAAUGCGCCUUGCAUGGUUGUUAUGCAGGUUAUUUUUCCAGCUGAGGUAUGAUCAGCCUUUAAAUGAAAACACAAAUAUUUAAAAUGUGAUGUGUAAUUCGGAACAAAGCUUUGUUAUUGAUACUUUAAACUACUUAAGUGUGCGAGUGGCUAUUCGAAAGAUGAACGUCAAACAAUGGGUAUUCGGGAGGUGAUCGUUGAACGAUGAUUAUUCGAGAGGCGAUCGGUGAAUGGUGAUUAUUCGGGAGGUGAUCGCUGAACGAUGGUUAUUCGGGAGGUGAUCGUUGAACGAUGGUUAUUCGGGAGGCGAUUGUUGAAGGAUUCUUUUUCGGAAAGUGAUCGUUGAAUGACGAUUAUUCGGGAAGUGAUCGUUGAACGAUGAUUAUUCGGGAAAUGAUCAUUAAACGAUGCUUCGUCAAAAUACGGCAGUCGCCGUAGGUUUCUGCUAAUUUCAGGCUCUAUUCGUUCUAUGAUUAGCUGUUUAAUCUGCGCAGCUAAAGCUAAAAUGAAUUGCACGAAGUCAAGAAGAAUUCGGAGGUUCUUGAUUUUGACUAAGUAUACAAUCGCAAAUACUACAAGAAGUGAAGAAGAAUUCGGAAGUUCUUGAUUUCGACUAAGAAUACAAUCGUAAAUACUACACGAAGUUAAGAAGUAUUCGGAGAUUCUAUAUUUUCGACUAAGAAUAGAUUCGCAAAUACUACACAAGUUAGUUACGAAUGUAAGAAGAAUUCGGGAGUUCUUACAAUCGGCAAUCUACAAACUGAUACUACUAGAGCAGGUAUUUUGUUAGACUCGGUCGAUACUUCAGUAUCAUGCACGAGUGCAGCACGAACGGCAAUUGAGAAUCGGGUCGUUCCGGAGCGGAGAUCCAAUAGUCGUGGGAACGAUACUGUACUUGUGUGGGAUGUUGAAUGUAUGAUGAUUUAUUCAAACAUUUAUCUAUUAUAUGUAUAGGUUUUUGUAACUGUCACGUUACAGCUCUAAUCCAUGAUGUAAUAAGGGUAAUUCUUAGUGUAUCCUGUUCUAAUCAAUAUCGAUAACAUGCAUAAACCUUCUUUCAAAUUCCCUAGCAACAUUUCCAUUAUUUACUGCUGUCAAACAACAAAUUGAUUUAAAUACACAAAUUUUUUCAUUUAAUUUAGUUUAAUUCGUCCAAUUUAGAAAAAAUAAAAACACAUUUUAUUUCCAUUAAAUAACGCUACAAAAAUGUUAAGAGUACGUAACCAUUCCUAUGCACCCUAUUUGGAAAGGGAAGGACGUCUUAUAUGUCCCAUGCCAAAACCGAAUAAUAUUGAAUCCAACAAAACUUGGCAUGCAAAUUUAAAGGCACACGAACGUCUUUACUAUCAUCAAACAUUGGCCUCUGUUAGAGGUUGCAAACGUUUUAUGGCCACUACAAAAAUACCAAAAGAUUCGUUAGAUUUUCAAUUGCAAUCGCGUUAUGUACAUUCGCGUGAUUAUUUUCCUGAAAAAGUCGAUUUUGUUUUACAAGUGGAAACUUGCCAAAGAUUUCCGCAAACAUUUCGUGUUUUAAGAAAUACCCGUGAUAUACCCUUGGAGCAACCGGAAUUGAUUGGACAUCCUUUGAAGAUAGGGGGUCUCAAGGAAAAAUUAUCUCCUCAUAGUGUUAAAUUAAUAAAUAGUGGUCCUCAUACCCAACUGGUCAACAAUGGCUAUUCGCGUCAACCAGCCGAUGGUAAUUUCUUCCGCUAUUAAAAACAAAUAUGCAAAAACGCUUUUUAUAAUUUUUACAAAAUAAAAAUCUUUGUAAAUUGUUUAAUAAAAUAAAACACUGUUUAACUUAAAUCAA